AUGGGGUCGACUGCAGCUACAUCUCAAGUAAGGAAGAACUAUCUAGACAAUGUUGACACACUGCGGGACAUCAUCCUCAACGAUCACUUCGGUGGAGACAUGGCGCCGGAGAUCGUCGACCAGUGGUUGAGGGCUCUCGAGCCUGGCAGGCAGUUCCCCCUCCCGCCCAAUAUCAAGGGGUUCUACGGUGGAAGUCUCCGAGAGUCGAUGCCUAUUGAGAUCGCGCGGGGCUCGUACAAGCACAUCAUGCACACGACAGACGACACGGCCAAAGUCGACAAGUACGCCGGGCGGAUGCUUAUAGCGCUGUCGAUACUCGACCUCGAAUCGCUUGUUGCGGAUGAUCCCACACUGGGUGCGCUCGCCUUGUGGCAUAAAGCUCUUGCCCAGGUCCGACUGCCCGACAAAGCUGGGGAGCUCGCUCAGACGCUGCAGCAGUACCAAGCAGUCCGGCCAAGAUCCAACUUGUCAGACAGCAAGCUGCCUGAAACUCCACGCCUUAAGAUCAGGCUAGAAGAAGUGGCUAGAGAGCUGGGGAAUACUGGGGCAUUGGAUCGGAUUGCCGACUGGGAUUGUUCAUCUGCGAUCAAAACUAAAGAGAAACGCCCUACUUAUAUAAUUUUCGGAUAUAAGGAUCGCGAGUAUAGCGGCAGGGUGGAGGGUCGCCUGGUCGUAGCGCUGGUUGAGAGAAGGAGUAAGGCCUGGAUCUUGACUUGGCAACCUUCCACGGCAAAGAAGAAGAAAGGCCACAUGUUUACAUUCGCGUCGGUAUUUUGA